CUCUGCUUCUAAAAACUGUCUUAGGGUUAAGUUUCAUUUCAACCUUUGAAGUGAGAGUGUGUGUCUCUGUCUGUGUGUGUGAAAAUAUGGCUAGUAUCAAGCAAUUCGGAAAGAAGAAAGCAUGUGUGAUCGGUGGUAGUGGGUUUGUGGCUUCUUUGCUGAUCAAACAGUUGCUUGAAAAGGGUUAUGCGGUCAACACCACUGUUAGAGACCCAGAUAACGCUAAAAAAAUAUCUCACCUUGUUGCACUGCAAAGUUUGGGCGAAUUGAACAUAUUUGGAGCAGAAUUAACAGUAGAAAAAGAUUUUGAUGCCCCUGUAGCAGGAUGUGAACUUGUCUUCCAACUUGCUACACCCGUGAACUUUGCUUCUGAAGAUCCUGAGAAUGACAUGAUCAAGCCAGCAAUCAAAGGUGUAUUGAAUGUGUUGAAUGCAUGUGCACGUGCAAAAGUUAAACGAGUCAUCUUAACAUCUUCAGCAGCUGCCGUAACUAUAAACCAAGUCGAAGGGACAGAUAUGGUUAUGGAUGAAAGCAAUUGGACUGAUGUUGAGUACUUGAACACUGCAAAGCCACCCACUUGGGGGUAUCCAGUCUCUAAAGCACUUGCAGAGAAGGCUGCAUGGAAAUUUGCUGAAGAAAAUCACAUUGAUCUCAUAACUGUGAUACCUAGUCUCACAACUGGUCCUUCUCUCACUCCAGAUAUCCCUUCCAGUGUUGGCCUUGCCACUUCCCUCAUAACAGGCAAUGAUUUCCUCUUAAACGCUUUGAAAGGUAUGCAGUUUCUGUCAGGUUCAAUAUCCAUCACUCAUGUGGAGGAUCUUUGCCGUGCACAUAUAUUUGUAGCUGAAAAAGAAUCAGCUUCUGGUCGAUACAUUUGCUGUACUCACAAUACUAGUGUUCCUGAGCUUGCAAAGUUUCUUAGCAAACGAUACCCACAGUAUAAAAUUCCAACUGAAUUUCAUGACUGUCCAACCAAGGCAAAGUUAAUAAUCUCUUCUGAGAAGCUUAUCAAAGAAGGGUUCAGUUUCAAGUAUGGGGUUGAAGAAAUUUUUGACCACACUCUGGAGUACUUGAAGACUAAGGGGGCUCUGAAGAACUAAAUUUUUUUGAUAAAAUUUCAAUGCACUAGCGAACUCUCCGCUUAUUAUGUAGUAGCACUUUACUUGGUUAUGUUCAGUAGUUAAGCGAAUAACUUCAAAUCAAGGGAACAGUACGUUCUCUAUGGCAAUCCCCUACUGCAUUGCAACUUUAUUAAAUCCCUCGAAUACGAGUUAUGGUAUCCCCACUUUGUUAAAAGGACAGCUCAAUCACUUUACUAUAAGUUUGGAUUGGAUU